AUCGUCCAAACGACGAAAAGCGUUACCCUCCUCUCACAUACCUCACCACAUACUCUCUCCCCUCCUCCUCUUCCUCCUCCUCCUCCUCUCUCUCUCUCUCUCUCUCUCUCUCUCUCUCUGUAUACGUAUAUAUACAUAGUUGUAGAGAGAGAAACCUAGAAAGCCACACGGAGGAACCCCAAACACAACACAGCAACCCACAAAUGAAACACCCCCAGACCUCAUCCCAAUCCGGCGCCGUCUCCUCCUCUUCCUCCUCCUCAACCCAAUCUGACCACCCCCACUCCUCCGUCCGCCUCACCCCCUCCACCUCCUCCUCCUCCUCCUCCUCCCCGGCCGCCGCGGUCUCGAUCCCCGCGGCGGCCGAGGGGGACCCCUCCCUCCCCCGCGACGCCGCGGGCGGCCAGGAGUCCGUUGCGGUCGAGCGCCGCGGGGACCACGCCGCCGUCUGCCGAUGGACCAUUUCCAAUUUCCCCAGGGUCAAAGCCCGUGCCCUCUGGAGCAAAUACUUCGAAGUCGGUGGCUACGACUGCCGCCUACUCGUCUACCCUAAAGGUGAUUCUCAAGCCUUGCCCGGUUACAUAUCGAUUUACCUCCAAAUUAUGGACCCUAGGGGUAAUUCCUCGUCCAAAUGGGACUGUUUCGCGAGCUACCGCCUCGCCGUGGUGAACCACGCGGACGAAUCGAAGUCGAUUCAUCGGGACUCGUGGCACCGGUUCUCGAGCAAGAAGAAGUCACACGGUUGGUGUGACUUCACUCCCUCGGCGUCUAUCCUAGACCCCAAGUGUGGGUUCUUGAUAAAUAAUAGCAAUGAUUCCGUGAUUGUUACCGCUGAUAUACUAGUGUUGAACGAGACGUUUAACUUUACGCGGGAUAACAAUGAGGUGCAAUGCAGCUCGAGUGUUACACAGGGGGCGGUGUUGGGUGAUGUGUUGUGUGGGAAGUUUACUUGGAAGGUUCAUAACUUUAGUAUCUUCAAGGAUAUGAUUAAGACUCAGAAGAUAAUGAGCCCUGUUUUCCCAGCCGGAGAGUGUAAUUUGCGGAUUAGUGUUUAUCAAAGCUCGGUGAAUGGGGUUGAUUAUUUGUCCAUGUGUUUGGAGAGUAAGGACACGGAGAAGACAUUGGUGGCGGAUCGGAGUUGUUGGUGUUUGUUUCGAAUGUCGGUGUUGAAUCAGAAGCCAGGGUUGAAUCACAUGCACAGGGACUCGUACGGGAGGUUUGCAGCGGAUAAUAAAAGCGGCGAUAACACAAGUUUGGGGUGGAAUGAUUACAUGAAGAUGUCGGAUUUUGUUGUACCUGAGUCGGGUUUUUUGGUGGAUGAUACCGCAGUGUUUAGUACGUCGUUCCAUGUGAUAAAGGAGGUCGGUAACUUUUCGAAGAAUUGCGGGGUGGUUGGAGCGAGGAGUGGAGGUGGCGCGAAGAAGUCUGAUGGGCACAUGGGGAAAUUCACUUGGAGAAUAGAGAAUUUCACGAGGUUGAAGGACUUGCUUAAGAAGAGGAAGAUUACUGGUCUUUGCAUCAAGAGCAAGAGAUUCCAAAUCGGGAAUCGCGAUUGUCGGCUUAUUGUUUAUCCCCGAGGGCAGUCUCAACCACCAUGUCACCUUUCAGUAUUUCUUGAAGUCACAGAUUCGCGAAAUACUUCUAGUGACUGGAGUUGUUUUGUGAGCCACCGACUAUCGGUAGUGAACCAGAGGAUGGAGGAAAAGUCUGUGACAAAGGAGUCACAGAACCGUUACUCCAAAGCCGCAAAAGAUUGGGGCUGGCGUGAAUUUGUGACACUGACUACACUCUUCGAUCAAGAUUCUGGAUUUCUCGUUCAGGAUGCAGUUUUAUUCUCUGCUGAAGUUGUUAUUUUGAAAGAGGCAUCCAUAACACAGGAUUUUACUGAUCAGGAUAUGGAGUCGAGCAGCGCAGUUUCCCAGGUAGAUACGGUUGGGAAAAGGAGUUCAUUUACAUGGAAGGUGGAGAACUUCCUCUCCUUUAAAGAAAUUAUGGAGACCAGAAAAAUCUUUAGCAAAUUCUUUCAAGCUGGAGGAUGUGAGCUUCGGAUUGGUGUGUAUGAAUCCUUUGACACCAUCUGUAUAUACCUCGAGAGUGAUCAAUCAGUUGGCACUGAUCCAGAUAAAAACUUUUGGGUCAAAUACCGGAUGGCUGUGGUAAACCAAAAGAAUCAUGCCAAGACUGUGUGGAAAGAGUCUUCUAUUUGUACAAAGACAUGGAAUAAUUCUGUUCUUCAAUUCAUGAAGGUGUCCGACAUGCUGGAAGCAGAUGCAGGUUUUCUUGUACGUGACACAGUUGUUUUUGUCUGUGAAAUCUUGGACUGCUGCCCAUGGUUUGAGUUUUCGGAUCUUGAGGUUUGGGCUUCUGAGGAUGAUCAGGAUGCCCUGACAACUGACCCUGAUGAACUCCUCGAUUCUGAGGAUAGUGAAGGGAUAAGUGGAGAUGAAGAAGACAUCUUUAGAAACCUUCUUUCUAGAGCAGGGUUUCACCUCACCUAUGGAGAGAAUCCUUCACAGCCCCAUGUCACUUUAAGAGAGAAGCUUCUCAUGGAUGCUGGUGCCAUAGCUGGUUUUCUGACUGGACUUCGUGUUUAUCUUGAUGACCCUGCUAAAGUAAAGCGCUUGCUUCUUCCGACCAAACUCUCUGGUGGCGGCGAUGAUGGCAAGAAGGUUAACAGGAACGGUGAAUCUUCUUCCCCCAGUCUGAUGAAUUUGUUGAUGGGAGUCAAAGUUUUGCAGCAGGCAAUCAUUGAUUUGCUCUUGGACAUAAUGGUUGAGUGUUGCCAACCUUCAGAAGGGAAUUCCAAUGAUGAGUCUGCUGAUUCAAACUUCAAACCAUCCCCAGAUGGAAGUGGAGCUAUCAGCCCCUUGGAAUCUGAUAGGGAAAAUGGGGGAAUAGAACCUGUACCUCUCCCCGUACAGGAUCGAUUGGACCCAGGGAUAGAUGAAGGCACCAAUGCAUCUGCUGUACAAAGUUGUGACAUGAAUGGGGUUGUUAUACCUGAUAAAAUUGUUAGCGGACUGCCCAUUCGUCCGCCUGAGACAUCUGCUGCUGGUUUUUCGGAAAGUGCUUCCCUUCGCUCUAAGUCUCAGACCAAAUGGCCGGAGCAGUCUGAGGAGCUUCUCGGGUUGAUCGUGAAUUCACUGAGAGCUCUAGAUGGAGCCAUUCCACAAGGUUGUCCUGAGCCAAGGCGAAUGCCCCAGUCUGCACAAAAGAUUGCUCUCGUUUUGGAUAAAGCUCCCAGGCAUCUGCAGCCGGACCUGGUGGCUUUGGUACCAAAAUUAGUUGAGCAUUCGGAGCAUCCACUUGCUGCUUGUGCACUUCUAGAUAGACUACAGAGGCCUGAUGCAGAACCUGCAUUACGAGUUCCUGUUUUUGGUGCUCUUAGCCAGUUGGAAUGUAGCACUGAAGUUUGGGAGAGUGUUCUUUUUCAAUCUUUUGAACUUUUGGCAGACUCAAAUGAUGAACCUCUGGCAGCUACCAUGGAUUUUAUUUUUAAGGCUGCAUUGCAGUGCCAACAUCUACCAGAAGCGGUUAGAUCUGUUCGUGUUAGGCUAAAAGAUUUGGGCUUCGAGGUGUCUCCCUGUGUGCUUGAUUAUUUAAGUAGAAUGGUAAAUAGUUGCGCAGAUGUUGCUGAAGCUAUUUUAAGAGAUAUAAAUUGCGACAAUGAAUAUCCUGAUAACGGUUCGGCAGUGCCUUGCGGGCUCUUCGUGUUUGGUGAAAAUGCACCUACUUCUGAAAGAUUGCAUGCACUGGACAAGCAUGCGUUUUGCAUUACUCGAUAUUUUUCAGAUAUACAUAUUUUGAUUGAAAUGCUGUCUAUUCCUUCCCUUGCUGUUCAAGCUUCCCAUGCUUUCGAGAGAGCUAUAGCUCGAGGUGCAAUAGUGGCUCAAUCAUUGGCCAUGGUAUUAGAAAGACGACUUGCUCAAAGAUUAAAUUUUACUGUUGCUGAAAAUUUUCAGCACACAGAUGGGACUGUGGAGGGACUCGAGGGCGAUAUUGAGCAAACGGUGGCCCAGAGAGAUGAUUUCACAUCUGUUCUUGGUCUUGCCGAGACAUUGGCACUUUCUAGAGACUCUCGUGUGACAGAUUUUGCGAAAAUGCUUUACACGAUUUUGUUUAGAUGGUAUGCGGAUGAGUCUCAUCGAUUGAGGAUGGUUAAGAGACUUGUUGACCGUGCCACUAGUGCAACAGGGAGUAGUCGUGAGGUAGACUUAGAUUUGGAAGUUUUGGUAAUUUUGUUGUGUGAGGAGCAAGAAAUUGUUAGACCAGUUCUGAGCAUGAUGAGGGAGGUUGCUGAAAUUGCAAAUGUUGAUCGGGCGGCUCUUUGGCAUCAGUUAUGUGCCAGUGAAGACGAGAUCAUUCGUAUUCGUGAAGAAAGAAAAGCUGAGAUCUCCAAUAUGGUUAAAGAAAAAGCUACCAUAUCACAAAGGCUGAGUGAAUCUGAGGCAACUAAUAACCGGCUUAAGUCUGAUAUGAGGGCUGAGAUGGAUCGUUUUGCCCGGGAAAAGAAGGAGCUCAUGGAGCAGUUACAAGAAGUUGAGAGUCAACUUGAAUGGCUUCGCUCUGAACGGAAGGAUGAAAUUGGAAAGCUCAACUCAGAGAAGAAAGUUCUUCAGGAUCGUUUGCAUGAUGCAGAGACCCAGCUUUCCCAACUAAAGUCCCGGAAACGUGAUGAAUUGAAGAGGGUAGUUAAGGAAAAAAAUGCUCUCGCUGAAAGGUUGAAGAAUGCUGAAGCUGCACGGAGAAGAUUUGAUGAGGAAUUGAAACGCUAUGCCACAGAAAAAUUGACUCGAGAAGAAAUCCGGAAGUCACUUGAGGAUGAAGUCCGACGUUUGACCGAAACAGUUGGACAGACUGAAGGUGAAAAACGUGAGAAGGAAGAACAAGUUGCUCGUUGUGAAGCAUACAUCGAUGGGAUGGAAGCCAAGUUGCAGGAUUGUCAGCAAUACAUUCACAGCCUAGAGGGUUCACUACAGGAAGAAAUGUCGCGGCAUGCCCCUCUAUAUGGUGCAGGCUUGGAAGCUCUGUCAAUGAAGGAGCUGGAGACUAUUUCACGCAUCCAUGAAGAAGGGCUGAGGCAGAUCCAUGCCCUCCAACAGCGUAAAGUUACGAGUCCCGCAGGUAGCCCUCUUGUGGGCCCCCACUCCCUCCCACACCCUCACGGAUUCUACGCUGCUGCUGCCACUGCCCCACCACCUGUGGCUGUCGGUAUGCCGCCUCCUCUUGUCCCUAAUGGGGGUGUUGGGAUACACAGCAACGGGCAUGUGAAUGGUGCCGUUGGGUCGCCGUGGUUCAACCAUGCUUGAAACCCCCCUCGCGGUUGGUUGACCCCUUCUGUCAAUUUAGGUGAUAGAGGUGGGUUUUCUUCCAUAUUUUGAGAUUUUUUAAUUUUUAUCUUACAUUGGCAUUUGGCUGGGUAGGGCUGUUGGAACGCUUGGUUGGAAAAAUCAAUAAUGCAGAGGAGAUUUCUGGAGAUAGGUGGGAUUAGAAGGGGGCAAUGCUUUGGUGAAAUUUAGCUGUUGUAAGGAAAGUGAGUCCAAUAGUACUAACAAUUGCAAAUGCCACACUUUAUCUCAAUUCUUUUCCCUAUAUUAAUGAAAGGCAUCGAGAAAGUUUUUCCUA